AUGCAUUCUGAUUCUGAAUAUUGUGAACAGAACAUUACGAACAUUCUGAACACCGAACACUCUGAACAUCUUCAAAGUAGUGAAACUGAACAUGCAAAUGAGCUCUUUGGUAUCCAUUCUUUGAUUCGUUGUCUUAAUAAUGAUCGAUGGUAG